GGCCGGAGCAGGGCCCGAUGCGGCGCACAGAGCGCGGCCCGCCCAGCUCCGGCCCCCGCCACCGCCCCGCCUCGCUCCGGCUCGGGCCCGGGCCUAUGCGGCCCCCUGCGGACCAUGGGAUCCCGGAUCCGACAAAAUCCGGAAACUACCUUUGAAGUGUAUGCAGAAGUAACUUAUUCGGGCAUCAGUUGCAUUGGGAAAGAUCCUGAGGUGCGGAGGCAAUUCCCAGAGGACUACAGUGACCAGGAAGUUCUACAGACUUUGACCAAGUUUUGUUUCCCCUUCUAUGUCGACAGCUAUGCAGUUAGCCAAGUUGGACAGAACUUUACAUUUGUCCUUACAGACAUUGACAGCAAACAGAGGUUUGGAUUCUGUCGCUUAUCUUCUGGAGCCAAGAGCUGCUUCUGUAUCUUAAGUUACCUCCCAUGGUUUGAAGUCUUUUAUAAGCUGCUCAAUGUCUUGGCAGAUUAUUCAGCAAAAGGACAGGAUAAUCAAAGGAGCGAGCUCCUUGAGACACUUCAUAAGCUCACCAUCCCUGAGCCGGGAACCUCUGUUCAUCUUGGAGUGCACUCCUACUUUACUGUGCCUGACAUCAGAGAGCUUCCUAGUAUACCUGAAAAUAGAAACCUGACAGAGUAUUUUGUAGCAGUUGACGUCAACAACAUGCUCCAUCUCUACGCCAGUAUGCUGUAUGAACGCCGCAUCCUCAUUUGUUGUAGUAAGCUCAGCACUUUAACUGCCUGCAUUCAUGGGUCUGCAGCUAUGCUCUACCCGAUGUUCUGGCAACAUGUUUACAUUCCUGUUCUGCCCCCACAUCUAUUGGACUACUGUUGUGCCCCAAUGCCCUACCUCAUUGGAAUACAUUUAAGUUUGAUGGAGAAAGUUAGAAGCAUGGCCCUGGAAGAUGUAGUGAUUCUUAACGUAGACACCAACACACUGGAAACACCUUUUGAUGACCUUCAGAGCCUUCCUAAUGAUGUGGUUUCUGCACUGAAGAGCAGAUUGAAGAAAGUCUCUACAACUACUGGAGAUGGUGUUGCAAGAGCAUUUCUAAAAGCACAAGCAUCUUUCUUCGGGAGCUACAGAAACGCACUGAAAAUAGAACCUGGUGAACCCAUCACUUUUUGUGAAGAAACGUUCGUGUCCCAUCGUUCUGCUGUCAUGAGGCAGUUUCUUCAGAAUGCCAUUCAGCUUCAGCUCUUCAAGCAGUUCAUUGAUGGCCGCCUGGAUCUUCUUAACUCUGGAGAGGGCUUCAGUGACGUUUUUGAAGAAGAGAUUAAUACUGGAGAAUAUGCAGGUAGUGACAAAUUGUACCACCAGUGGCUCUCUACAGUAAGGAAAGGAAGUGGAGCCAUUUUAAAUACAGUAAAGACCAAGGCGAACCCUGCCAUGAAGACUGUCUAUAAGUUUGCAAAAGAUCAUGCAAAAAUGGGAAUAAAAGAAGUGAAAAACCGCUUGAAGCAAAAGGACGUUGCUGAGAAUGGGUGUUCUGCAGCACCAGAGCAGUCUCUACCAAGGACAGCACCUUCUCCAUUGGUUGAAAAGAAGGACCCUAAAUUAAGAGAAGAGAGAAGACCAAUCACAGUACAUUUUGGUCAGCAGCAAAGACUCCGUCCGCCUCGGCCACCACCUCCAAAGAUACAGCGUUCAUCUAGGCCCGUUCGGCCUCCAAGACCUCACGUUGUUAAGAGACCCAAGAGCAACAUUGCUGUGGAAGGACGAAGGACUUCAGUUUCUAGUCCAGAACAGCCUCAGCCAUACCGGGCCCUGAAAGAGUCUGAUAGUGCUGAUGGGGAAGAGGCUGUCAGUCCAGAAAAGGCAAAAGAGCCUCUGCCUCCAAGUCCUCUCCUCUCAAGCAACACCACAGAAAUCAACCUCCUUGAAGACAUUUUCCCUAACUUAGAAGUAGAAACACAGUCUCAGCCUCUCAGCCAGGCUAAGAGCCUAGAAGACCUGCGGACUCCCAAAGAAGAUGGACGUCAGCGAUGCACGUUUGACUACCAGAGAAUGGAACUUGGUGUUGCUGAGAGGAACAGGAUUGUACCACCCAUGAAGCUGUCUCACCCUUACAACAAGCUGUGGAGUAUGGGUCACGAUGAUAUGGCUAUUCCUACCAAGUAUUCCCAAAGCUCACCAGAACGACCCCUGACUGCACUUGGUAACAUGCCGCCAAUCACAAGGAGACCCCGGAGCAGAGACAGCAUUCUGGCUCGUGUGGAAAAGGAUGAAUCAAAUCCUGCCACUCAAGGGAACAUCACCAUUCCUAGGCCACAGGGAAGAAAGACUCCUGAACUGGGGAUAGUGCCACCACCGCCAGCACCCAGGGCUUCCAAGCAUCAGAUUCCAGCUGGGCCAACAGAAACUCUUACCACCCAUGCUACAGGACGUAGCCAUUUGGUUUCAGAUCUUAUCCCAGAGCCCUUCGGAGUUGGUAGGGUGUCCUUAGACCCUGAAGUCCAGCAGUCUGUAAAUUAUUCCUCUCAUUCAUCUCAGCUUUUGUCCAGUGCUACCAGCACUGCAGAGAUGCUCCAACCCGUCAAGGUGAAGACAGACAAUACUGGUAAUGAAAGUGACUACCUUCUUAACCUGCUGGAUCCAUUAAAAACAGCCAGCUGGCAAAGCAGUGGCCCACAGCAAGGCUCCUGCAGCCUGCAGAGCUCAGCCACUCCACCUUCUGGAGCGGGCUUUGCCUCAGUGGCAAGUGACUUUGUGCCUCCUCCAGCUGCACCAUUUGUCCAGUCGCUCAGUUAUCCUUCCCCAGUACUGCCACCUUUUUUACAGGCAUCUCCUAAUCCAUUUACACAAACAGUGCCAGGAGCCCUGUCAGUGUCUCUUGUUAGACCCCCGAGGGGCUCUUUCACCCCCACCUUAGGUCAUGCUUAUAGCUCUAGCUUCAUAACACCUAAUUCUGGUUUCUACCCACCACAAAGACCUCAGCCAAACAUUUCAACAUUGUCCAUGCCAAACUUGUUUAGCCAGGCUCCAGCUAUGGCACCAGCUAGCUCCUUACUGCUGCAGAGCCACAGUGCUUCUCCAGCAAGCUCUCUACAGCCAGCGUGUUUAAGUGGUCCUUCUAAAUCCAGAACAUUACAGGUGGGCAAGUCCAGUUCCAAGGUAGAUACCAAGCAAGUACUAGCUCUUCUGUCUAAUGAACCUCCUUUGAUCCCUUCCAGACCAGCUAAGGGCUUAGAGUCAAUGUUGCAAUCCUCAAAAUCUGAGGAGACAAAAGAUCCAUUUGAAGAUUUGUUAAAAAAGACAAAGCAAGAUGUGUCAUCCACACCAGGUAAGGUUGAACAGCUCAGAAAGCAAUGGGAAACCUUUGAGUAGUGUUCCCGAUGGCCUUUUGAUGUCCCUUUGGAAUUGACAGAGAUUUUGUUUUUUUGAGCCAGCAUAAAACCAAGCAUUUCUUUUAUGGCAGUCUGAGCCAGGAUGGCUGCAGGACCAUCACCAUGCUGCAAUUCCCACGAUUGCUUUUUGCCCAGAGUUUGUUUUGCUGGGGAGUUCCCAUGUUGUCCUUAUCCCUGCAACUGUUUUCUCACUUUCUGCCACUGAAAACCCCAUGACUUUUGCACUGACCAAAGCAUGAAGGUAGUUGGGUUUUGGUUGAUUUGGUUUGGUUUUCCACACGUAGCUUUUCAGACAGUACUACUGAUGCAGAAGUUACUCCUGCCCUUGUAUUUUCAGUCCUUAGCACAGCCAGGAGCAUGACAUAGCAUGUUGUACUUGUGUUUUCUUGCUGCCUGUGUGAAUGGUGUUCAGUUCAGUUUUUCUUGUGUUGCUUAUAUAGCUGUAUUUUCCUUUCACAUAUAAAGUGCAGCAAACAAACCAGCUUUGUGGACUGCACUGAGUUAAUCCAUUAGGCUUAGUCUGACUGAGUUUGUCCUCUCUUGGAAUACAUUCAUCUAGGUCAUACUAUUGGGCGAGCUUUUGUUGCAAUAUUUUUUUUUUUAUUUCCCUCCCCCAGUAAACUUGACACUGAGAGGUAACAGGGACCUCUCUGGUGCAGAAUUGUCGUAAUUCCUUGUUGCAACAAAACCAUAGCACAGAGCAGUUGCUCAGGGUUUGGUCCUGCAUCUCUGUUGGGAAACCGGAAACACCAGCAAUUGAUUUUCUUUUGUUGUUGUUUAUAAUUUUUUUUGUUUGUUAAAUACAUCAGAAAAUAGAGUCCAUGAAGAGUAUCCUAGUUCUUAUGUAUGUGUAUGUUAAUAUUAUAUAUAAAUAUUACAUAUGGCAGUAUAUGAAUGGGAUGUAACAAUAUCUUACUUGAUUAUUAAAAAAAAAAAAGAGAGAGAAAAAAAUUGGGGUAUAAAAGUCCCUGGCUCAUGAGUUCAAGUUAAAAGCAUACUGACAAGCUGCCCAAGUGCAGAGAGAUUAAAGCCGCAGUGCUUGUCUGCACAGACAGAAAUAAGACCAAGUAGAGCUAAGUGCUGUAAUGCUGGAAGGCCAAUGCAUGGCAGCUGCCUGUCACUGCUGGACUUCAGAAGUGCUAACUGCUACCUUUAAGCAAUGGGAUUUCAUUCUGGUCUGCAAGGCUCUCCAAUCCUUCAGCCUGUCUUAAAACCCACGAUCUUUAUCCUGCUUUUGAUGAGAACAGUUUGCUGGGCUAACGAAACAUUAACUGGACCAUGAAAUGGACUGCGAGGUCACAAAGUACAAAAAAAUGCAAUGAGAAGGUUAAAGGGUACGUUCAUUCUGAUUUUCUAAGACACUUUUCUGUGGCAAUAGUAUUCUCAAGAAAUUUCAUAUUAGUCUUAGCAACUCCUUUAAAACUUGCUGUCUCUGCAGUUAUCAUUUUUGUUUUACUUAAGUGGUGCUUUUUUGUUUUGUUUUGUAUUUGGGCACAGUCCAAUUUAAAACAUGUUACUCCAGAAGACAUAAUCACAUCGCCAUUAAGCCUUUGGUAAAGGAAAUCAUUUUGGACACAUGGGGAAAUUCUUGUAAAGCUUUAUCUGAAUUAUUUCCAAUGUAUCUAUUUUACUCAUAUACUCUUGGAGGUUUUCUUACUCUAGUGUAUGAAAAUAGCUGUCUGUGCGUUUGAGUCUGUGCAAUACAAAAGAAAAAUACUCUUAUUAUCUGAAAUGCCAACAGUUUGGGAAAGACCAUAGUAUUGCAUUAAUAUUACUCUAUUUCUGUAAAGCACUGUUACUCUUACAAGCCAUUCAGUUGGAUUUGUAUUUUCUUUUUGUGUUGGAAGACAGAUGGUUUUAGUAUUGCAUAGUAAAAUAUUUAAAGUCUAAGACAAUAGCUCCAUUUUAUUUUAUACAGUUUAGAAUAUGAACAUUAUAUAUAAAUGCAGUCUGUAAUUUUCAGAUUUCCUUUACUAUGAGCUAGAUGAUUAAAAACUUUUACAAUUAUAACGGAUAUGUACAAACACCAGAUAGUUCUGCAUAUGCUGUGUAAUUUGAAUUUCACAUACUUUUCUUUUUUUUUUUUUGGUCACACACCGAUUAUAUAUUGAGUAGGCAUAAUACACAUGCUUAACUAAAUAGGAAAACACAGGUAAUUCUGUAUCACUGCAAAUCAUUUUCAAUCACUGAUUAUUUUGCUCUUCCCAUAUUGUAUAGUAUAAUUAAUUCCCAAAUUAAAUAUUUUUUGAAGUUGCUCUUUUUAGUCGAACAAGCACUCUUGGAUUUAUUUUAAGUCAGUACUUUUAAGUGCUUCGUAACUAACAUUUAAUAUAAAUGGCAUUAAUCACCCUUCGUUUUAUUUUGAAAGUGGGAAGGGUGGAGGUUGAACACACCUCUAAGAUCAAGGGGUACAAGGCAGCACGGUGCUGGAGUUUGUGUCCUUCCUCACCUCCUGAAUAGUUGUCUUAAACUCAGGAAUUCCUGUAAUGAUUAAGCCCUAAUAGUGCCAAACAUAAACAAAGUGUGCCUGGGAGAGCAAGCUCAGAUGUAAAACAUUUCUUUUUCUGAUGUAGAAGUAUUUUUUGAUAGUUGUAGUCAUCUAGAAGUGCUACUUUUACCUCUUGUCUCUUAGUUUUCAUCAAUGGCUUUUAGGUCCAUCUUUAUACAUUUGCCUGUACUGUCCAUACUGUUUGCUUGUUUGGUACCACUUAUUUGCAGAUGUUUUCCUCUCUUAGAAAUAGCAUUUAUUUAAAAUUAAAAAAAAAAAAAUGGGGGGGGAACCUAGAGUUUAAGAACUGUUGUAAACCCGUAUUUAUAUUUUCACUUUAUUGGGUUGGAAACAUGUUAAACAUUGGAAUUGGAAGCUGUCAAUCAGACCUACAUUUUAUCUAUUAUAGUGAAGGCUACACGUUAUAACUACUAUUACUUUGAAUUACUCCCUAAAGGAAAACACUUUCUGUGCUGCAGUUCAACAGGCUGCUCCCCGAGCUCCGUCCGUGUAACGCUCUCCUGCCAGGAAAGGGCUUGCAGCUUGCCCUGCAGCGGGUGCAGCACUGCCACCAGACACUUACAAGCAGAAAGAAGUUGAAAACAACAUGCAGCAGGAAGGGGAUGAUGUUAAAGUCGGUAUGUGGAUGGGAGAUGGAGAAGACAAAAGGCCCAAAUACAGAGCAGAGAAAUGUAGUCAAAUGAACA